UCGGUUCGAAUUAACGCGAUGUCAGUGUAAAUCUUACCAAAAGCCUACAAUUUCUCGAAGCAUUCGAAUACGAAUCAAAUAUUCAAAUCAUUUUGUUUGUACAGUUGUACAUUGUGGACACGACGUAAUAAUAUUAAAAGACGUCGCAUUUGAUUUUUCAAAGAUUAGGUGGAUUGUGUGAUUGGUUGGCUAGCGUUGCGCUGAGCGUAUCGGUAUGCUUCGAGAAACUUAAUCGCGGUAAUGUUCAGCUCGGUACGGAAUGGCCGCGGUGCAAUUGCGUGGGUUCGUGGGAUCGUUUCGUUUUCGCAUGGUUCAGCUUGUCGAAGCAAGCGUACUGAAUAUCGUUCCCGAGAGUGUCGAAUGUAAGUGUCGCGCAUUGACAGAAUAUCGUGAAUAAUCACGGGACGGAUUGUGCCGAUAGGACUGCGCGAGAGGAGCUUCGUCUUUUCUAAUGGUUCGCCUUGUAGUCGAAGGAAAGUGAUGAGUGCCAGCAGGAGAUUCUAGCAAAUGUGAUCCACGAAUCUUAGGUCUAUUUGUUUUCGAAGAAUUUCUGCUCUGAUGCACGUCAGAGCGGAACAAAUAAACUUUCUUUCACUUUAACUUAUUGCACCGGUAUGCACUAGUUCAGAAGUUCUUCGGGAACGAACAGAUCUCUUAUCUGCCGAAACAUGUUUUUCGUUCGGAAAUUCACUAAUCCACCUAGGUUGCAUUUCAAAACGUCCUUUUUGAGGAAAUUUUAUUCGAUGCUUUAUAGUAUAUGUAACGUGAACUGUAGAUAUUGAGUAAAAUGUUCCUCAAAAAGGAUGUUUUGGAAUGUACCUUAGAAUAUAAGAGAAAGGGCGCAUUGCUCUGGCGCCAAGGAUUGCGAUAAAGACGAUGUAUAAGUGAUAGGAAGAGUUGUACUUUGUAAGUUGAAGAUUACUCUUAUAUCGAUAAUCAACAUACGUACUUAUGACAAAAUAUUCAUAUUUGAUAGAAAGAUGAAAAAUGAGGGAAGUUUGUCAAAUAAUUUUUUCUGUUCGUCUUUACCAUCACUUACCGACUGAAAAGCUUACGAGUUUCACCAUCGUGUGGCUCUAUAGGAACUACUUGCGUGGUCGUUUGCGUCAUGUUAGGUUUGUUUCUUACACGCCGAAUGGAUUGAGAUUUUUUUCUUCGAGAUAGAAGCUUUAGAGAGUGUGAAGUGCCGGGAAUAAUACUUUAGAUUAAUAAAUAAAUCGUUGAAAUAAAAGUGCCAAAAAAUUAUUCGCAAUGUCGGAUACAUCAGAGUGUCAUUCGUCCGAUGAAGAGCUGCAAGCGAUUUUUGCAAAGAGAUUACUGAAGCCAGGUCUUAAUGUCGCGAUUGAAACAAAGCAAUUCAAGAAUCGUGUCAAUCUCAUGAAGCAAAAGUUGGACGAAAUCAAGCUGGACUUGCCAUGGAUUGAGAGGUUAGAUAUGGUGAAUGCACCAGCACCAUUGGCACCUGAGUUAGCGCUGCAGAUGCAGGAGCAAGAAGUGAGACACUCUAAGCAGUUGAAAGGAAACAAAAAGCUACCGCAGUAUGAGCCAUCAGAAGAUCCUAUUUUAAAUGAUUUUCGCAGGGAAACUAUGUUUCAUCGUCAAGCUCAAGGUGCCGUUAUGGAUGGCAUUGCUAGAUUAAAGAAACUCAGAGUGCCAACACUUAGGCCAGAUGACUAUUUCGCAGAGAUGGCCAAAACUGAUCAGCACAUGCAAAAAGUGAGGGAUAAUCUGAUGAAGAAACAAGUUAUUGCUCAGAGAUCGGAGAGAGUCAGGCAACUGAGACAACAGAGGAAGAUAGGCAAGCAAAUGCAAGUUGAGGCAACAUUGAAGAAACAAGCAGAGAAGAAAAAAAUGCUUGAAGAGGUCAAAAAGUAUCGUAAGGGUAUACGACACGAUCUUGAUUUUCUCGAGGAAAAGAAGAAUGUACAACAUAAACAGCAGAAUCGCAAGAUAAAUCCAAAGGUGCAAUUAAAAGCAAAAAUGAAGAAUGAUAAAUAUGGCUUUGGUGGUAAAAAACGCGGCAACAAGCGAAACACAAAGAGUAGCUCUGCCGACGUUUCCGAGUACAGACGGCCUCAGAAACCUGGGAAACGAGGAACGAAGGGCAAAGGAAAUCAGAGGUUAGGAAAGAGUCGUAGGAUGCAAAUGAAAGCUAAGAAGAAAUAAUGAAAGGUUUCCUUUUUUAAUUACAAUAAUCUCAAUUUUCCUAGACCUUUUUGCAUAUAACGAAAAUCAGAACAACAACGUAAUUAAAGCCUCGCGCUUAAUAAAAUGUUGCUCAAUAAAAUAUGUGCUUAAUAAAAUA